GUUCCCUCCCCUGGCCCAUCUCGCUGCCGAGCGCCCCGACGGCCCAACCACGUCGCUCGUCUUCCUCCUCGAACGAGCGCCGCCACCGCUGACGAGCGCCCCAGCACCCCUCGCUCCGUCGCUCGUCUUCCUCCUCGCGCGAGCGCCUCCACCGCAGUUUAGUUGGUUUUACAAGCUUGGCAAAAUGUUUAAGAAUACAUUCCAGUCUGGGUUUCUAUCCAUUCUUUACAGCCUCGGGACCAAGCCAUUGCAGAUAUGGGACAAGGAAGUUGUAGAUGGGCACAUUAAAAGACCCCAGGAUGACGAUAUCCAGUCUAACGUACUUGAAAUUAUUGGAGCAAAUGUGCAAUCGACCUACAUCACCUGCCCAGCUGAUCCUUCUGCCACUCUUGGAAUUAAGCUUCCGUUUCUUGCCCUCAUCGUGAAGAAUCUUAAGAAAUACUUCACAUUUGAGGUGCAAGUUUUGGAUGACAAAAAUGUCCGCCGAAGAUUUCGAGCAUCAAAUUUUCAAUCUGUCACAAGGGUAAAGCCAUAUAUCUGCACAAUGCCGCUGAAGCUUGAUGAUGGCUGGAACAACAUUCAGUUGAAUCUCUCUGAUCUGACAAAAAGAGCAUAUGGCACAAACUAUGUCGAGACGCUCAGAGUGCAAGUUCACGCAAACUGCAGGCUCCGCCGAGUUUACUUCUCUGAUCGCCUCUACUCAGAAGAGGAGCUGCCGCCCGAGUUCAAGCUCUACCUUCCAAUUCAAAAAGCAUAGAACUUCGGGUCAAGCAUGGAGAAGCUACUGGUUGCGACUUCCCAGGAGCCUAGGAGACGUCGAUGUGUAUCACUGUGAUAACUGUUAGCGUGUAGUAUGCAUAAAGCAUCAGAAUCUUUCUGAUUGUACGCUGAUUGCCAUCUGAAUGGCCUUAUGCAAAACUGUUGUUCAUCGAGCCCCCCUCCGGCCUCCGCUGCUGUACCUACUGGUCCAAAUGCAUGGUGGUUAGAAGCAAGCACGAAGGGGCCACUGACUAUGGCCUAUGGGUUGCCUCCUUUCCAUUUACUCUGCUUCGUCCAUAGUACCUCACCACUUGUUUGUUGGAUGGACAUGUCAAAUUGUCUGGGCCAAGAUUGCCAUAAUAAAAGCUUGGUCAGGCUUUCAGUCCCUGCUUUCUUCA